AUGGGCACCGGGAACGUGGUCAUGCCGUCUCCUGUGUGGGGGCUGCUGGGCUGCUGUCUCCUCUGUGGCUGGGCUCUGGGGGAUCUGCAGCCCUUGCACCCUCUGCCCUCGCUGUCCUCCCAAGUCAAGCCAGAAUAUAUACCCAUGUGGGUGCCCCCACAAGGUGCUGAAGCAGCCCUGGGUUUUCUCUACUCUGGAGAUGCCCAACAACUGUUGAGGACUAACUGCAGUGUGCGCUAUGAAGUUCAGGGAGCAGAAGCCAGUCCGGGGGUGCCCCCGAUCCUAGGGAGGGCAGCGGGCACCAUUGCCCAGGCCGCCAAUUUCCUCAAUAUGCUGCUACAAGCCAAUGAUAUCCGCGAGUCAAGUGUGGAGGAAGAUGUGGAGUGGUACCAGGCGCUGGUCCGCAGCGUGGCCGAAGGGGACCCAAGGGCAUACCGGGCUUUGCUGAUCUUUAACCCUCCGCCAGGGGCCAGCCGCCUGCAGCUGGCCCUGCAGGCCACCCGAAUGGGGGAGGAGACCAUCCUUCAGGACUUGUCUGGGAACAGGGUGCUGGAAGAGAGCCUAACUGGGACUCUGGACACUCCUGCCCUGCAGAAGCGGGUGCUGAUCAAUGACCUUGGGACCCUCGGAAGCCCCAAGUGGCCACGGGGAGAUGGAUAUCUGGGGGACAUGCAGCAUGUGAGGCUGUCUCCUCCCUUCCUGGAAUGCCAGGAGGGCCAGCUUCGUCCUGGAUGGCUUAUCACGCUUUCAUCCACCUUCUAUGGACUCAAGCCAGACCUCAGCCCGGAGGUCAGGGGGCAGGUGCAGAUGGACAUAGACAUUCAGAGUGUGGACAUCAAUCAAUGUGCCGGCGGGCCAGGCUGGUACUCCGGCACGCACCUGUGUGAUCUCAACAGCACCCAGUGCAUCCCUCUGGAGAGUCAGGGCUUUGUCCUUGGCCGCUACCUCUGCCGCUGCCGACCGGGCUUCUAUGGGGCAAGCCACUCCAGGGGGUCAGAGGAGAGCGCCACCCAGCCUCCCGGGCAAUUUGUGUCACCACAAGGCAGCUCCGGGAAGCCGCUUCGGUGCCAGCCAUGUGCCGAGAGCUGCGCCAGCUGUAGGGAUGCCACACCGUGCCUGGUGGAGGCGGCCGUGGCGCUGCGGGCAGCAGUGCUGGCCUGCCAGGCCUGCUGCAUGCUGUCUGUCUUCCUGAGCAUGCUGGUUUCCUACCGCUGCCGCCAGAGCAAGAGGAUCCGGGCAUCUGGAAUUGUCCUGCUGGAGACCAUCCUUCUUGGAUCCCUGCUGCUUUACUUCCCUGUCUUCAUCCUGUACUUCAAGCCCAGUGUGUUCCGCUGCAUUGCUCUCCGCUGGGUCCGGCUGCUGGGUUUUGCCAUUGUCUACGGCACCAUUAUACUCAAGCUCUAUAGAGUGCUCCAGCUGUUUCUGUCUCGAACGGCCCAGCGGGGCCCCCUCCUAAGCAGUGGGCAGCUGCUUCGGCGCCUGGGGCUGCUUCUGCUGCAAGUACUGGGCUUCCUGGCUGUAUGGACGGUGGGGGUCCUGGAGCGAGGCACCCUGCACAUGCCCCUGGUGACCCGAGGCCACACUCCCACGGGGCGCCACUUCUACCUCUGCCACCAUGACCACUGGGACUACAUCAUGGUCAUGGCCGAGGUGCUGCUCCUGUGCUGGGGCAGCUUCCUCUGCUACGCCACCCGGGCUGUGCCCUCAGCUUUCCACGAGCCACGCUACAUGGGCAUCGCCCUGCACAACGAGCUGCUGCUUUCCGCUGCCUUCCACGCAGCCAGGUUUCUGCUGGUUCCCUCCCUGCACCCAGACUGGACCCUCCUCCUCUUCUUCUUCCACACCCACAGCACAGUCACUGCCUCCCUGGCUCUGAUCUUCAUCCCCAAGUUCCGGAAGAUGGGGGCGCCUCCCCGAGAGGAGAUGGUGGAUGAGGUGUACGAGGAUGAGCUGGACCUGCAGCGUUCCGGCUCCUACUUUGACAGCAGCACAGCCUCAGCAUGGAGCGAGCGCAGCCUGGACCCUGGAGACAUCCGGGAGGAGUUGAAGAAACUCUAUGCCCAGCUGGAGGUCCACAAGACCAAGGAAAUGGCUGCCAACAACCCCCACCUGCCCAAGAAGCGGGGCAGCUCGCUCCAGGGCCUGGGCCGCUCCUUCGUGAGGUACCUGGCUGAGUUCCCCGAGGCCCUGGCCCGGCGGCACUCCCGGGACUCGGGGUCCCCGGGCCGAGGCAGCCUGCCCAGCUCCGCCCGCUGCAGGCUCCUCAGCUCCAGCCUCCAGGAAGCCGAGGGGCCACUGGCCCUGCGCAAAGCCCGCAGCACCUAUGACCGCAGCCACCGCAGGCAGCAGGACCCACAUCACCUAGGCUCACCGCCAAGGAGGCAGCUGCCCAAGAGGGCCUCGCGGGCAGAGAGCCGGGAUGCGGGGGAGGGGCCCCCUGCCCUGGGCGUUAGGUCGGCCAGCGCCCACAACCUGACAGUGGGAGAGGGGCUCCCCAGAGCCCGGCCUGCCUCCCUGCAGAAGUCACUCAGCGUCAUGGCUGGCUCCAGCGAAAAGGCCCUGCUCGUGGCCAGCCAGGCCUACCUGGAGGAGACCUAUCGGCAGGCAAAGGAGCAAGAGGAGAGAAGGCAGGCAGAGGCAGCUUUGGCGAGCCCAGUUCAGAGGCCGUCGGCCAGGAGGCUGGAGCGAGCGCGGGGAGCCGCUCUGUCAGCCCCACCGUCCCCUGCCAAGAGCAGCAGCAUGGACAGCUCCUCUGCCUCUGGGCAGCUUCAGGCGGGGGCUGUGAGGAGGCUGCUGCAUCCACCCAUCCAGCAUCAGGUCUCCACGCCCAUCAAAGCCCUUUCUGGGGCUUGCCUGGGAGAUCCAAGGAUGCUGUCUCCCACUUCUACCUUGGCCCCAGGUCUGAUACCAGCUUCAGGCCUGGUUCUGGCCCCCGUCCCUGCCCUGGCCCAAGUCCCCAUUACCCCCCAAAGCCCCAGCUUUCUCACCUUCAUCUGCCCCUGGGAGAAUGCAGAACUGCCAGUCAAGAAAGAAAAUGUGGCACAAGGCGGCUCCUCGGGGCCAGAGCGAGGUGACCAUUCCCCUGCCCCAGCUCGAGCCAGGCUCUGGAGGGCCCUCUCUGUUGCAGUAGAGAAAAAGGGUGCUGGGGAGAAUGGGAUGGACGCGGAGGACAGACGUCUCCAGGGGGAAGCUGGUGACGUGGAUGAGGGCCGGCCCAAGGUCUUCUCUAAAUCCCACAGCCUCAAGACUCCUGUUCAGCAGGGCUCUGUGCGCAGCCUAGGCCUGGCCAUCAAAGCUUUGACCCGUUCUCGGAGCACACACAGAGAAAAGGAGAGUGGAGCAGGGAGUCCCGAGAGGGAGAGGGGCAGGGCUUCAGGAGAAGGUGUGGGUGCACGCCCCGGGUCCCCCAGGCUAGGCGGGCGCAAGGCGGUGAGUAAGCAGGCGGCCCUAGCCCCCUGCGAAGAUGAGGAGUCCCUCCAGAACCAACAGAAUGCUCAUACCAGCAGAAUGCUCCGCGUCUGUGGCCAGGAGGGCGACAGGGAACAAGACGACAGAGGCAGGAAGACAUCCCCAGGUCAAGGGGAGGGGCAUGUUGAGAGAGCAGGUGAAACAGGGCCUGCCGCACUGAGACAAGUCCGGCAGGGCACAGUUGGGGACACAAAUGCUGAGCGAGCAAAAGAAGCCCCUGCAGGGAGGGAGGAAGCGCUCAGAGCAGGCCUCCAGCCCUUGGGCCGUGCUGGCUGCAGGGCUGCGGCAGAGGCGCGCCCCUGCAGAGUUGCCGGGUCAGGAACAUGUCUGCCUGGCAGCAACAAGGCUGAAGUCUGCCCCUGGGAGACGAAUGAAGGAGGCCCCGAGAGGGGAACAUUAAGGCAAGAUCUAGAUGACUCCCAAGAAGUGCGAGGGAAAGCCCCAGAAGAACCAGAGCCCAAAGAUGUGGCUGCCAUGGCUUGGAAAAGGCCAGAGAGGCUGGUCAGGGGGCAGGAGGCAGUGUGUCCCUGGGGGAAUGCCGAUCCCAGGGGUCUGUCCCCUCAGUCAGCCCGCCGGGACUCUGAGAGAACCAAGCGCAGGUCUGAGGCAGGCAGUACAGGGGCUAGGGAGGGGGAGAAGUGUUGGCAGGAAGUCACAGGCCCAGAGGCUUGUACGCCUGACUUCGUCAAGGCAGAGCUCUGUCCUAGGGAGGCAAGUGAAGGAGAAAAUGAGAAACCGUCCCAGGGGGGAGUGAAGAAACUCCACCAGGAAAAGCAGAAAACCCCCGAGAAAGCAACCUUCUGGAAAGAACAGGAACCUGGCAGAGACUUGGAAUCUCUUUGUUUGUGGGAGAGGACUGAUUUCCGUGGCCCCUUGGCAGUCUCUACUGAAGCCCCAGGGACCCCCGGGGCUUCAGGGAGUGUUGCGGACAUGUGUCCGUGGGAGGCAGAAGAGGCUCCUGCUUUCAGGAAAGCAGAGAUUUGUCCCUGGGAGCUGGGUGACAAGGUGGGGAGAAAGGAAAUGCUGCAACGGGGGACAGGUGGAGAAUCUCUCCAAGGAGCGGGGCAAGCCUCCAGGAAAGGGCUCUUUGGAGAGAUGAGGGAACAAACUGGGAAGGCAGUGCAGACAUCUAGUCCACGGGAGGAGUCAGCGUGUCCCUGGGAGAGCACAGACCAUGGGCCCUCCAGCCCACGUGUGGACAAUUCCUCACCCAGAGCUGGUGGCCGACUCUUCGGCAAUGGAGGCAUCAGAGCCACGCAGGUACGUCCACACAAAGACGUCAGGCCAGAGUUAAAGGCAGUAACACCUGCCAAGGCAGAAAUCAAUCCCUGGGAGGUAAAUGAAAGAACAGAGGACUGGGUAUCGCGACAGGCACCCAAAGGAGAAGAAUCUCAGGACAAGGAGAAAACACCUGAAACCUCAGGACUCAAAGAUGUCACAGCUUGGGAAAAGCCUGAGGGACAGCUCCAAAAGCAGGAAGUAGUCUGUUCUUGGGAGAGUGUGGGCACUGGCCACCUUCCCCCACAACAUCAAGACUCAGAGAGACCCAAAGCCAGUUUCCAGGUGUCAGGCAGUGUGGGGAGCAAAACUGCUGUGAUCUGUCCAUGGGACGUGGAGGGCAAACUGCCUGCUGGGAAGGCAGAGAUCUGCCCCUGGGAGGGGAGUGCUGCCCCAGGGGAGGAACGAGCUUUGGGACUUGAGGCCAUGAGGAAAUCACCAAACAUUACAGAACAGGAUCCUGCAGAUUCUGGACCUGGCAAGAUAGCUGUUACUGCUCCAAAGAAACCAGGGAGGCCGGCCUGGGAGCAGGAGGUGGCCUGUUCCCGGGAGCGUGUGGAUCCAGAGGACUCCUCUCGGUGCUCAGACGCUGUGGGUACUGACAGACCCAAAGCUGGAUCCCAGGAACCGGGCCUUGCGGGGUGCAGGCCAGCUGAGGUGUGUCCCUGGGAAGCGGAGGAAACGCUUACCAGUGAAAAAGCCAAGAUCUGUCCCUGGGAGGCGACUGAAGGAGCUACUGGGAAGGGACUGGAACAAGAGAUGGGGAAUGAUUCAGCAGCGCAGAGGGAGAAAACUUCAGAAAGGGGGAGGCUCACCUUCCUGGAAGACGACAUAUCAAAAGGAGAGACAAAACUGAGUCCAGAGCAGGAAGUUAUGUGUCCUUGGGAGAAGGACUUGAGGGGGCUCUGUGCUCCGGCCCCCGAGAUCUCAGCCUCGUCCAGCAGCACGAGAAGCAAAGUGGUGGCAGAGCUUUCCUUGCAAGUCAAUGACAAGGUGGCAGAGAAAGGGGACCCAAUACAAGACCCCAAAAUGGAUUCCCUCGAAGAACACAUAAUCCAAGAAAGAGCUCCAUCUUCAAAAGCAGAUGUCCCUACUGAAGAUGGGGAAAAAGUAAAAAUUGAGCUACAAUCCAUCUGUCCAUGGGAGAGCGCGGCCCCCGCAGUCUCUUCCUCUCACCCCGAGAGUCGCUGUCAUAACCAGCCGAAAGCUGGCUCUCAGACACUGGUCAGCGCUGGGGGCAGGCGCGCUGCAGUGUGCCCAUGGGACGCUCCUGCCCCAGCUGCUCAUCAGCCUGACAGUGGCACCAAAGCAGAGGUCUGUCCCUGGGAGGUGACUGAAGGAAUCCCUGAAGGAGUGUCAAUACAGAAUGGGAAAGGGGGCAAGGGCAAAGCCUCAGAAAAACCAGAGCCCAAAGUUGGGGCAGUUCAGAAAAAGCCAGAGAGGGCACCUGGGAACCAGGAGGCUGUGUGUCCCUGGGAGAGUCAAGACAGUGGAGGGCUGUCUCCGCAACCAGCCCCACGAGCUUCUGACAGAAGCAAAGGCACUUCCGAGGCAGCAGGCAAUGUGGAGGCCAGAGUAGCAGAAGUAUGUCCAUGGGAAGCAGCAGAGGUUCCCUUGGCCAGGAGAGCAGAAAUCUGCCCUUGGGAAGUGAGUAAUGCAGCAGCAGAAGGCAGCCCAGAGCAGGAGGAGGAGAGAAAACCCCAAGGGCAAGGAAAACUGUUCCUUCAAAAGGCAGGGUCUGGGGGGACUGAAGAACACCUUUCAAAAGCAGCAGCAACAGGCAGCAGAGAGCAGGGGACAGUCUGCCCCUGGGAACACAUGGGUUCGGGGAGACUCUUCCCCCAGCCAGAUGCUCUGGACAUUGACCAAGUCAUAGCCAGUCCCCCUGGGACAAGUGGUAUGGAGAGCAGCAUGGCAGAGCUGUGCCAGUGGGAAGUCACAGAUCCAGAAGGAAAUAAAAUCAAGGGCACCAUGGCAGACAUCGGUCCUUGGGAGGGAACUGGAGCCCCAUCUGAGGAGUCUGGCCUCCUGGCUUUAACAGCAACUCGGGCAGAAAUAUUUUCCCCCUGUGACCCUGAGAAACCACCAUGCCUUUCGGUCCAUAGACCCCUGGGCUGCUUCCUUCCAGAAAGCAAAAGCCCCCGCCCCACUGUGAGCAAGCCAUCCAGUUCUUCUGCUCUGGAAGGUUUCAGAGAAUUCCAAGGACUUUCAGGACUUGGGCCAAGGACCAGCUUAACCCCAGGGCCAAGUCUCCGAGCAGCUGAGGCUCAGAAUUCUUCCGCAACUGAAGACCAAGGAGAAAUGGCUUCCACAGCUCCACAUGGAGAACUGACCCCUCCAACUGUCUAUCCUUGGGACUGGGAAUAA